ACCAGAUUGUGGGCAGGGAGAAGAUAGGAAUAUGUUAGACCGACAAGAAGACUCCAGAAGACUUGGAUUUCGUGGACGACUUGUGUCUAAUGUCACACGAACUCGAAGACUUACAAGCGAAAACCAACAAACUCGCAGAAGAGGCUGGUAGCAUAGACACAAAUUCACCUGAACACAGAGAAAAUCUAAAUGAUGGAAAUAACCAAACAACAACAAUAAGCACCAAUCAUUAUCAAUCGGAGAGAUUUGAAAGAGGUUGCUUCAUUCACUUAUAUAGGUGGCCGCCAUCACUUCAACUACAGGCGGGCAGCACAGAUGAAGAUGUCAAAAUCGGAAUAGGGAAGACAAGACAAACUCUCUAUAACUCUGAAAUCAGUUUGGAAAUCUUCAGAACUACUCAGGCAGUCAGCAUAAAUCAGCCAGUUCUUCUUAUAUGAGUUAGAAAAUUGACCAGCCCAUCACGUGAAGCAUUUUCAACAGGGUAGUGUAGACUUUUAUCAACGGCUGCCUUCUCUGGUUUCACAUAUUGAAGAUCAGAUGUCCAGCCAGAGGGAAUUAUCAACAAGAAACUCUGGGAACAAACCAACCGAGAACCGAUGGCUCAAAGAAUAUUCCGAAUAAAAUGGAGAUAGAUUAGACACAUACUGAGGAGACUGUCGAAUGAUGCAGCGCGCCAC